CUUGUGUUUGUCAUCAUAUACAUAUUUUAUUGUUUAUUGGCCUCUAUUAGUCUAGUGUACAAUCAAAAUAAAAUAAUCCGUUACAAUUGAAUUAAUUUUCAAUUUGCAUUAGCAUAAUUAAAUAUAUUUAUAUAUAUAUAAUAUAUAUCUAUACAUAUUUAAGUACAAUAGCUGAUCGAAAUGUGUCAAUACUCUGUAUUGUGAAUAAUAAAAAUAAAAGUGACAAUUUGUUUCCAAUUUACCCACCAGAAAUUCCAUGCAAUAUCAAGUAACUGACUGUUGAGCAUUUAAUUGAACCAUGUAAUUAUGAACUCACAUGUUCGAUAAUCAAGCAGACAAUCGGUAUUAAUUUUUGGGAUACGAAGUGAUAACAAAAUGAUGACGGAAGAAGAUCGACAACUCCGAGCUGCCGCUGAAAAUUUUUUGAAUGGUUCACUUCAAUCACAGAGAAGUGGCUCCUAUACUCAAAGGAGUCUCAGUAGUAUCAAUAGAGAUUAUAUUAUUAGCGAAGAUUUAAUUGCUGGUACUCGAUACCAUGGAAGGAUGUCAAGUGUCAGGAGAUUUUUUUGCUUACUUGUUACGUUUGAUCUACUCUUCACAUGCCUCAUGUGGUUGAUUUGCACAACGAUAGCUGGUGAAAAUAUUACAACAGCAUUUAUACAACAAGUUCUUCAUUACAAUAUUUCGACAUCGCUUUUUGAUAUAAUUAUGGCAGCUGUUUGUCGAUUCACGAUACUGCUAUUAUUUUAUGCACUACUACAUUUAAACCAUUGGUUUUUUGUCGCGCUUACAACUGCCUUAACUUGUACCUUUCUUGGCGCCAAAGCUUAUUAUUUUAAUUGGAAUGGAGUUUCACAACCUGGUUUUCAAGCUCUUUUAAUUUUAACGUCAUUUGUGAUAGCAUGGGGCGAAGCCUGGUAUUUUGAUAGUCGUGUAGUACCACAAGAAAUUCAAGCACACGAUUGGUUGAUAAAUUCGAUCGACAAUGAAAGAGCGCCAUUGCUUCGUCAUUUUAUUGAUAGUGCGCAAAGUCGCACGGCUGAAAGUGUGGGAAAUUUUUUCACUCCAAUGGAUUCACCAAAUCAUUCCGAUACGGAAGAAGAUCAAUCAAAAUCAGUCAACUCAACGAUUUCAGAUGAUGAGUUCUUCAAUGUGAUAGGAAAUUUACCAAAUUUAUCGCAAGAUAAGAUUGAAGAGUAUAAAAAAAAAGCAUCAUUACUCGUAGAUCAAUCUUACACACUUUUAGUAUCGAAAGAAUGGCAACAAUUAAAUACAACAGAAGAAGGAGAUAUUAUUUCAGUAAUUAAUAGACCUUCUGGAAAAAUAUUAAAAAUUGAAGGAAUAGUUAAUGCCCCAGCUACAGUUCUCGUAAAUAGUUUACAUAACAAUGUCGAAGACGUUGCAUCAUGGAAUAAAGAUGUAUCCGUUGUUCAGAAAAUUCAGAUGAUCGAUGUAAACACGGAUAUUGUUUAUCAAGCGACAAAAACCUAUGGCGCUGGUUUUAUUGGCCCAAGGGAUUUUGUUACACUGCGACAUCGCAAUAAAUGUGGGAAAUAUUAUAUGAGUAGUGGUAUUUCUAUACACAUUAAUCUUCCAAUUCGUAAGAACCAUAUAAGAGCUGAAAACAGUAUUGUCUGUUUAGCAGCAGAACCAAUCAACUCCAGUGAUAGUAACGACGAGUUACAAUGUCGAGUAACUUGGAUACUUCAUCUCGAUUUAAAAGGCUGGAUACCACAGAGAAUUAUUGAUAAUUCUAUAGCUAGUAUGCUUGAAAAAAUGAUUAAAUCAAUUCGAUCUUAUGUAAUUAACUGUCAUAGUAAUAAUUUAUCUUUAAGUUCUGGUUAAUUUUAUACUUUUAUUAUUAAAUAAUUUUUAGUUUGAAAAAUAAAAAAAAAUUAACUUUUCAAUUUUUUUGAUAAAUUUAUAUUAUAAUGAAUAAUUAUAAUAAAAUUAGCAGAGGUAAAUUAUCUAAGAAAAUCUCGAUUUUCAUAGUUCGAGAAAUAAAUUACGUGUGUAUCUAAUAAGAAGUACUGAUUUAUAUUGUAUAUAAGAAUUUUUUAGCAAAAAAAUGAUGUAUUAUAAGAGUGCAUUUAGACUAAUUACUAAAAAUACAUAUACCAAAAUACGUCAUGUCUUAUUUAGCGAAGAACUUUACAUGUGAUAAUAAAAUUUUUAUAACUUUGA